AAGGGCGCAGGCACCGCGAGGGCGGAGGGGCUGAGGCGCUGAAAUCACCGUGUGCGGCCUCGGGUGGCGGCGGCGGCGGGCGGGAGGUGUGUUAUAGCGGCCGGUGCCCUCGGGCCGUGCCCGGCAGGUCUGGCUCCCCGGCGCUGGUCAGUGAGCUGAGGGCCACGUGUCUGUAGACCUUCAGAAAUAGGGUAAUUGCUCUCAGAAGAGACCUUUGGUUCCUUGACUAAGAGGCAAAAUGUUCUGGUUAUAGAGAUGUUACUGGAGAUGAGCCUGUUCCUUCAACCACUUUAAGAAAGACAAGGUAGCUGUGUUUUGGGAAUGGGUAAAAAAGUAAAGAAGGAAGCAGAGCCUCCACCCAAGGAUGUGUUCGAUCCAUUAUUGAUUGAAAGCAAAACACCAGAAACAGUUGUACUAAUGCUUAGUUCUCCUGAAACGGAAAUUUUGACCAAAGCAUGUGAUGCUCUAUAUAAAUUUGCUUCAAAAGGUGAUGAAAACAAAGUGACACUUCUUGGUCUUGGAGCAUUGGAACAUCUGUAUAAACUCAUCUCACAUGAAGAUCCCAUUGUACGCAGAAAUGCCAUCAUGGUUUUUGGCAUCAUGGCUUCUAAUCAUAAUGUCAAGAAGUUACUGAGGGAACUGGAUGUCACAAAUCCACUUAUAUCACAGCUGGCACCAGAAGAAGAUGUAGUUAUCCAUGAGUUUGCUACUCUCUGUCUAGCACAUAUGGCUGUUGAAUGUACUACUAAAGUAAAAAUAUUUGAGCAAGGUGGAUUAGAACCACUUAUCAGACUGCUAGGUAGCCCUGAUCCUGACGUUCAGAAGAAUUCACUUGAAUGCAUUUACCUUCUGGUACAGGAUUUUCAAAACCGUGCUGCAGUUAGUGAACUGAAUGUAAUUCCACCGUUGCUGGAACUACUGGAAUCUGAAUACCCAGUUAUUCAGUUGUUAGCCCUUCAAACCUUAGAAGUAAUUAGCAAAGACAGAGAAACCAGGAUAAUACUGGGAGAAAAAAACGGAUUAGAUUGCUUGCUGAAGAUACUGGAAACCAAUGAACUGAGUGAUCUACACAUCAAAACUCUUGCUGUGUUGGGAAAUUGUCUUGAAGAUGUGCAUACUCUGCAACUGAUUCAGCAGACAGGAGGCCUUAAAAAACUCCUAUCACUUUUAGGAGUCUCUACUGUUCCUGAUAUUCAGAAGAAUGCAGCAAAGGCAAUUACCAAAGCAGCUUGUGACUCUGAAAUCAGAAAAAUCUUAAAUGAGGAAGAGGUUGAGAAAUGUCUCCUAAACCUUUUGGAAACUGGCAGUGAUGAAGUUAAAGUUGCUGCUUCCCAAGCAAUUUCUGCCAUGUGCAAGAAUGUAGAGAGCAAAUGUGCGCUUGGACUCCAGGGGAUUCCCCAGCUGGUACAGUUGCUAAGUAGAGAUAAUGAAGAGGUAAAAGAAGCUGCAGUGACAGCAUUAGCUAGUUUGACAGAAGCCAGUCAUAGUAAUGCAAGUGCUGUUGCUGAGGCUGAAGGAAUUGAGCCAUUAGUGAAUACCUUGAGUGCUCAGAGAGAUGGAGCCAUUGCCAGUGCUGUUACAGUGCUGACAAAUCUGGCCAUGCAAGAGUCAUCCCGUGUCAGCAUCCAGAGCCACGGUAUCAUGAGUGCCCUUGUGGAACCACUGCACUCCACCAACAGCCAAGUGCAGAGCAAAGCAGCGUUCGCUGUGGCUGCCUUUGGUUGUGAUGCUGUUGCAAGAACUGAGUUAAGAAAUGCAGGUGGACUGGGACCACUCGUUGAACUGCUGCAUUCUAAGAAUGAAGAAGUCCGAAGAAAUGCCUGUUGGGCUGUUACGGUCUGUGCAAGUGAUGAACCAACCGCUGUUGAACUGUGCAGGCUAGGUGCUUUAGACAUCCUAGAAGAAAUUAAUCUGUCAAUAAAGCGUAAAAAUAAGUUUAGUGAAGCUGCUCUGGAAAAGCUACUUGAUAACAAUCUUUCCCAAAAGUACAGCCGGCUGGGAUAUUUAUCAUCAAGUAAUAUCAUUACUAAUGGAUUCUAUGACUGCGGUCAGAUAAAACCUGGAGCAAAAUUUUUAUCUUUGGAAGAAUUAAGCAUGCAAGAGCUUACUGACCGUCGGGCAAUAAUCUUCAUUAAUGCUAAACCCCAAGAAGAUCUUGCAGUAGAGAAGGCACAAGAUUCGCCACCUCCUAUUUCAAAAAUAGGUAGUAAAGAAAAAGCAAGAAAAGGAAAGGGGAAAACAGAAGAGGAAAAAGCAAAAGAAGUUACUGAUAUUACAUCUAAAGACCAGGAAGAAAUAAAUCUAGAAAAUUCACUUUGGCUACCGCCAUCUGACAUCAUUUUAAUGGAUUACAUUAAUGAUGCUUCCAAAACAAUUCUACCACUAACUACUACCCGGGAACAGGUUGUGGCCCUUGCACAGUUUGUUGCAGACAGGAUGGGUGGCUCUAUUGAAAGAGACAAACUACAUGACUUCAGCUGGGAACUUCACAUAAGUGAAAUAGAAUUUGAACUGAAAUGCAACAUUGUGCCUAUCGGGAAAAUCAAAAAAGGGACGUUCUAUCACAGGGCUUUACUUUUCAAGGUGAUAGCGGACAGAAUUGGCAUUGGCUGUAGUUUAGUUCGUGGCAAGUAUAACAGAGCUUGGAAUGAAGUUAAAUUGGUUGACGACUUUCCCAAGGGAAUAGCUGGGCUUCUGCUUCCUCCUCAAGAAUAUAUUGUAGAUCUAAUGUUUGAGCCAGGCUUUUUGAUCAAACAGGGAAGUGCAAAGGCGGAUCAAUACAAACGUAUUUAAUCAUCUUGACAAAUUUCACCAAAUAAAUAUUUUAAAAAUGUUUGCAGUGCUGUAUUUUUGAAACACAGGGUUUCAUAUCCAACUAUCAAAAAUAAGCAUAUCUGGUAUGUUGUCUUAAACAUUUAAUUAAAUGAAUUUUUGGUAUCCAGCUUCGAUGCUUAGAAAUUUUGUUAAAUUUUUUUGUACUAUUUUAAGACUAAACUGUAAAACUAUAGAUUAAAAUUUGGUAAUCAAUAUUUGUUAUGUGCUAACAUUAAAACGCUUAUUAAAUAGAUUUAGAUUAUUUCCAAUAUAGUAUUUUUUUUCUUAUUUUCCUUCUACUCCCAUGCACAUUUAUAGAAACUACUUGUCCAUGAAGCAAGAAAAUAUGACAUCUGGUGAAAUAACAAGUCACCUAAAAACAACUGAACAAUUUUUGUGUGAAAUAACCCAAGAAAUGAGAAUUAGAAUGAAGAUAAUGGUACACUUUCAGCCUCUGUAGAAAACAUCCCAUAUAUAUUUCUUAGAACUUGGUAGUUAAUAUUUACAGAUAAUAAGGUACUCCAGUCGAAAGGAAAUACUGUUUGUCCUGGCACAGGGAAGAGAGAUGAUUGAUAAAGUGAUUCGUGUGAUCUCUGUUUAAAUUCUUUAUUUUUCACUUGAAGAUAAAAUGGACUCCAAGAAGGCAGCAGUUUUAGACAGGGAAUUUGUAUUUCUUGCAGCC